GUCACAUCCGGCUGUGAGCGUGUGGACCAAAAUAUCAGACUGGGACUGCUUUGUUUAGCAGUAACUUCCAGUGACUCAUUCAACCUGGAGGAGUACACAGAAUCAGUGACUGGCUACAUCAGCAAGAGCAUUUAUGAUGCUACCGUCUCCAAACUCAUGACAACACACCCCAACCAGAAGCCAUGGAUGACUGCAGAGGUGCUGCUGAGAACCCAUGAUAAGACCUUCGGGUCAGGGGAUAAGACAGGCCUCAGAACAGCAAGAGCCAAGCUUUCCUGGGCCAUCAGAGAGGCUAAGCGUGCCUACGCAAAGAAAAUCCAUGAACAUUUUCAAGACACUGCUGACACAUGGCGCAUGUGACAGGGCAUCUAGGCCAUCACCAACUACAAGCCACGUCCACCUGCUUGGGACAAUGAUGUGCUCCUUCAGAUGCGCUGAAUAACUUCUAUGUUUGGUUUAAAGCACAGAACUGCACAAUAGCGAGGAAGACCACACCUAGUCCAAAGAACAGGUACUGUGUCUGUCCACUGCCAAUGUCCAGAAAACUUUGCACAGGGUCAACCCACCAAAAGCCCUAAGAUCUUACAGCGUACUUGGAAGAGUGUUCAGAGAAUGCGCUGAACAGCUGGCAAAUGUUCUCCUGGACAUCUUUAACAACUCAUAGUGCACUGCAAUCGUUCCAACAUGCUUCAACUCCAUGGCCAUCAUCCCUGUGCGAAAGAAGCCUUCAGUGUCCUGCCUUAGUGACUAGAGUCCCAUUGCAUUCACCCCCAUCACUAUGAAGUGCUUCGAGAGGCUUGUCAUAAGGUGGAUUAAAGACCAGCUCCUCCCUGGACCCACUGCAUUCUGCCUAUCAUCCCAACCCUCAAUAGACUAUGCUAUUUCCACCACACUCCACCUGGCUAUCACCCACCUGGACAAUAAAGACACUUACAUCAGAAUGCUGUUCAUGGACUUCAGUUUAGCAUGCAACACCAUAAUCCUUCAGCACCUGAUUGGAAAAUUGAGUUUGUUGGGCCUGAACACCUCCCUCUGUAACUGGGUUCUGGAUUUCCUGACUAAGAAACCUCAGUUAGUCAGGAUCAGUAUCAACAUCUCAGGCACUACCAUACUGAGUACUGGUGCCCCCCAGUGCUGUGUGCUUAGUCCACUGCUGGCUCACGACUUUACUGCAAAGUACAGCUCAAACCACAUCAUCAAAUUCACUGAUGACACAACAGUGGUGGGUCUGAUCAGCAAGAACGAUGGGUCAGCAUACAGAGGGGUGGUGCAGUGUGUGACAGACUCGUGCAGAACCAACAACCUGUCUCUGAAUGUGGGCAAGACUAAGGAGAUUGUUGUUGACACUGAAGAGUACGAGUUGGCCAUCCCACUGAACAUCAAUGGCUCUGCUAGGGUAAUCGUUAGGAGCACCAAGUUCCUCUGUGUCCACAUCACAGAGAACCGCACAUGGUCCCUCAACACCAAUUCCACAGCCAAGAGAGCCCACCAGCACCUUUACGUCCUGCGGAGACUGAAGAAAGCUCAUCUCUUCCUCCCAUCCUCACCAUGUGCUCCAGGGGGACUGUGCAGAGCAUCUUGAGCAGCUGCAUCAUCACCUUGUUUGGAAAUU